AUGGCCGACAAGAACGUCGAAUUGCAGCGAGAACUGUUAAGACGGCAACCCGAGGAGUCGUUGUACGAAAUGGAAGUGAACAUCGGAGAGAAGGAGGAGUUCCGGCGAGCGCAAUCCGAUCUGGAGGAGGAACGGAAGACGGUUAUGCGAUUGAAGAGUGCGAUCGAGGACCUGAAAAAGGAACAAACGCGUCAUUCGGAGGUUUUUCGAGAGAACAGGAACCUCAAGGAGGAGGUGGAAGCGAACGCCAGGAAGAUCGAAAGUAUCGACGACGAACUUCGCGCGUCAAAACGGACGCUCUGCGACAGAGACAGACUGAUUUCGGACAAAGAUCGAGCGACGACCAACUUGAAGAAGGAAAUCGCCGCUCUCAGGGACGAACUUGCUGCCGAAAAGGACAAGGUGGCAACAGCCGUGAAGGAACGCAGCGACGACGACGCCCGAAGUUCGGUGACGCUCGAGAAGAUAAAAGACGAAUUGCGACAUGCGAACCGGGAAGCGGCAGCUGCAAAAGACCUCCAACGACGGUCGGCGACGAAGCUGGAAGAGACCGAGAAGCAGGUGGAGAGUCUGAAGGAACGGUUGGAUGACAAAGGUCGCUCGACUGCCAAUGCGAACAAGGAGAUCGCCUCCCUCAGUGACGAACUUCGUGCCGAAAGGGAAAAGGUGGCAACGGCUUCCAAGGAACGCAGCGACGGCGACGCCUGA